ACUGUACUGCUGUGAAUUGAGAGAAGGAAAAGGAAAAUGGCCAACACAAACAUAAUAAAACUAGAAGAAGAAAGCAAAAAAGUGGAUGAAAAAGAGGCAAUACCCCUUCUCACCCCAUACAAGAUGGGAAAUUUUAAUCUAUCCCACAGGAUAGUAUUGGCACCAUUAACACGAUCAAGGUCUUACGACUUCAUCCCUCAGCCGCAUGCUGCUCUGUAUUAUUCUCAAAGAACAACAAAGGGUGGCUUCUUGAUAGGGGAAGCCUCUGGGGUGUCUAAUACGGCACAGGGGUACCCUAAUACACCUGGCAUUUGGACAAGAGAACAAGUGGAAGCGUGGAAACCCAUUGUAAGCACUGUUCAUGAGAAGGGAGGGAUAUUCUUCUGUCAACUUUGGCAUGCGGGAAGAGUUUCCAACUACGGGUACCAGCCAGAUGGUGAAGCGCCAAUUUCAAGUACAAACAAGCCCCUUCGUAAGGAUAUCUUCAACAAUAAAGCAGCAGCUGAUAAAUACCCACCUCCUCGCAGGCUGAGAGGCGAUGAAAUCCCCAAGCUUGUGAAUGACUUCAGGAUUGCAGCCAAAAAUGCCAUGGAAGCGGGUUUUGAUGGGGUAGAGAUUCACGGAGCGAACGGGUACUUGCUGGAUCAGUUCCUAAAGGACAAAGUGAACGAUAGAGAUGAUGAGUACGGUGGUAAGUUGGAAAAUCGUUGCCGCUUCCCACUGCAAGUGGUGAAAGCAGUGGCUGAUGAGAUCGGAGCUGACAGGGUUGGGGUUAGGCUUUCCCCUUUCGCUGAUUAUAAUGAUUGUGGAGAUUUUGACCCUCAAACAUUGGGCAUCUACAUGGCCCAAUCAUUGAACAAACUUGGCAUUCUCUAUUGCCAUGUGAUUGAGCCGAGGAUGGUGACACAAUUCCAAGAGUUUGAUACCAAAUGGUCCCUCGCCCCAAUUAGGAAGGCCUUUGACGGCACUUUCAUUGUCGCUGGUGGUUACAAUAGGAGAGAGGGAAACCGUGCCAUAUCAAGCGCUGCUGCCGAUUUGGUCGCCUUUGGACGCCUUUUUUUGGCUAAUCCAGAUCUCCCCACAAGAUUUCAGCUCGAUGCUCAGUUAAACCACCCUGAUCCAGCCACGUUUUAUACCCAUCACCCUGUGCUUGGCUACACGGAUUACCCAUUUCUUCAAGAUCCCACAGAGUAAUUAUUUUAAUAUUUCCUCUCACUGUCGUCAUCCCGGACUUGUACCAAUAUUUAAUACUCAUCUUUUGCCCAUUCAUGACAUAUAUACUUGUUUCUGUAUGGGUUAGAUUUAUAAAAUAAAUAAAUAAGAUUAGAUCUAUCUUACUUAUUUUAGAGUU